AAUGUUCAAGGUAUGAAUUCCAAUGUGAUAAUGGGGAUUGUAUCGGGAUUUACUAUGCAUGCGAUACGAUUGCUCACUGUCUAGAUAGGUCUGAUGAAAAAGGCUGUGAUUAUGUUAAACACAUGGAACCUGUAUAUGCAACACCUAAAGCAGAUGAGUCAAAACUUGAUGACUACCAUAAUAAUCGUAAUUCUGAUCAUAAAUAUGACUAUCAGCAAAAAGCAUCUAGUGAGUAUGGAAAUUUUGAACAGCAGUAUAAGAAUAAUAAUGGACGCAAUAACAAUCUUGGUUACACAGACUCGCAUAGAAGUCGUAACCGUGAAAAAACUGAUGAAGCCAACUACCAGAAAAGUUACCAUAAUUCUCAUCCUGACAACACUCAUGACAAGAUGGAACAAAAUUACGAUGCUCAAGACAAUGUUGAUAAAAACUCUCCUCCGCACGGUCGUGGCAAAGGAGCAGCUGAGCAUAAACAAGGUGGUGAUGGAAGAAAGUACUCUGAAACUGUUACUGCACCAGCACUACUUAUUAACAAACUAACAUCAAAAGUUCCCGCACCAUCUGUACAAUUGUAUCAUUAUGUUUCCGAAUAUGAUGCAAGUAAUGAUGAUUAUAGUAAUACAUGGUAUUACUACACUAUGGGUAAUGGUGGCAACUAUGAUGAUAAUUACAAAUAUGACUAUAAAUCAUAUAAUGAUUACGAAAAGACAAAAGAAGGAUACGAGAAAAGUUUCUCAACUGUGAAAACAACAAAUCAAGAAUCUGAAGAUCCCUUAGACCAUGACCAGGAUGAUGAAGAAACAGUACAAUCCUGGGAACCAACAACCCCAACAGCUGUGAAGGCCCAAACAGAUAAAACAUCUGACAAGGCCAAGGAAAACUAUCCAAUAACAAAGGCUGUGAGUGGUGCCAGUGUUAAACAGCCAACUGAAGCAGUUCAGAAAGAAAUUCAGAACAUGAGUGUUGAGGUUGAUGCAGAAUUAAUCAGUAGACGAACAACACCAGAAACUAGUGUUAUUUUGCCACUUGCUAUUGGCCUUGCUAUCACCCUUGUACUUCUUGUUAUGGUGGCAUGUCGACUAAGAAUGGUUAAGCGUAAAUUACGCCACGGCCGGCCCUUGGCAAAUUCGCAAGAAGCAGAUUAUUUAAUUAAUGGUAUGUAUCUGUAAUUGUAAAGAGAGAAAAAUAUGUAAAUAUUUAUUGUAAGCUUAUCACUUACCUGUAUCAAAUUGCGUCAGGAAUAUUACAUUUCAAACAAAACAGUGUAAAAUUUCAAACUAAUCUAAAUAAAA